AUGUGCGUGACCUCGCUCUUCACAACCCGUGUCUACUCGACCGCCCCAGACUAUGUGAAUCUUCCUCCGCAAGACCUCUGGCGCAAAACAUUCCCCCCAGUGAACCGCACAGUCAGCCACCGUGUCUCGCUCGCAAACCCGAAGACCGCUGCACAAGUAGCAAAUGCAUUUGUUCCCAGCGACUCCCGCGACAAAACAAUUGUCGAGGCCUUUCCUGGGCCAGGCCAGCUCACCCGUGCGCUACUUGCUCUGCCCAAAACAAGGAUAAAGCAGCUUAUUGUGCUGGAGAAGGAGCCCAGCUAUUUGGCCUACCUGAAGCCUCUGGAAGCGACAGAUAGCAGGUUGAAAGUGAUCGAGCUCGGCGGUGAGCUGUGGAUAACAUACUUGAAACUGCAGAAAGACGGCGUGCUUGGUCACAUCGACACCCAGCCAUGGGACACAAUGCACUCCCAACUCCAGUUCAUCUCCCAUCUCCCGAAUAAUGUAUCUGGUGAACAACUGCUGGCUCAGCUAUUACGCAGUAUACCAGAUCGCCAAUGGCUCUUCAAAUACGGCCGCGUUCCGCUGAGCUUCAUGAUGAGCGAAACCUUAUGGGAUCGCGUAACAGGCACGAAGGACCGCAUCAGGUGCAAACUGAGCAUCAUCUCUGCCGCAGUUGCUCAGUCCCAACUUGCCCUCCCCAUGAAAGCGACUGAGCCCUACAACGAUCACUUCCACCCAAUACCCACCGCCUAUGCCCUGAAAAUGCACGCCCUCAACAAGUCCCCAAAGAGUCACGGCAACCCCUUCGUCGCCGUAAACUUCCGGCCCUCACAGCACCAGGUCAUCGCCCCUGGCCUGCUCGACAAGUGGGACUAUUGUCUCCGCCAUCUGUACGUCCACCGUGCAAAACCAAUCAAGACUGCGUUACCGUUCCUUGCCCCCAACGCGCAGACUUUGCUGACAGGCAUAUCGGGGUCGGAACCUGGCCUGAUCAACCCAUCUACCAUCGUUCGCAACCUGUCCCUCAACGACUGGAAGCUGCUCGUGAAAGCAUUCGACGAGUGGCCAUUCGCGCCAGAGGAGCUUUCUGUUACAGAUGCUAUCAUGGGGCGCGAAGAAAAGCAUGACUCCACUUGCGAUAUUUUCACCCUGCUGCUACGGUCGAAUUUACAACCCAAAAUGUUGACCAGUGGACAACGAACGACCAAAAAUGUUAAGUCAGGCAAAUGCUCCUUUCCUCUAUAUUCAUUAGCUGUGUCUCCUCCCGCGUCGAUAUGUCUAGAUCUUACGACUCGAAUGUUGCCUCGUAUAUUCACCCUCCUCGACUUCCCGACUGAAAUUAGGAUGCUUAGACGACAGUGA